AUGCCAGCUUACACUUUUGGCAAUAGACUUGAUUAUUGCACGUGCAGGAAUACUAGCACAGUCUCCUACUACAUCCCUAUAGCAUCACAUUUGUGCCUCAGAUCAAAGCUUUUAGGCACCACAUUUGCUGCUUAUAAGGGAUCCAUGGAACCUAGCGAUGCAACUACAUUGGGACAGCUUUCAGUUUGUGAGAACCAAACAAAGAAUGAAUGUUCUGGAGCAAUGAAUGUGAAGGUUUUGAAUCUUGGGCUGGAAGGACCUUCAGCAACAACCAUGACUCUACCAGUCAUAGAGGAUUUCUCGCUGGGUGACCUCCCCGCGGGCUGCCUGGCUGGGAUUCUGGGAUGGCUUUCGCCUCGCGAUGUCGGGAGGCUGGCGCUUGUCAACAAGACGUUCCUGGAGGCGUCGCGAUCGGACGCUGUGUGGAGGCGAAUGCUACCGCCGCACUGGAAGGAAGUGGUGCGCGAUGGCGCCGGGAGCGCGAUGGAUGUCUACGAGAGGCUCUCCGUGGGGGUGUUCGUGGAGGAGGAGAAGGACAAGCCAAAGAUCUAUUGGAUUGAUCGGCCGACAGGUGGCGUGUGCAACAUGAUCUCGGCGCGAGCUCUCCGGAUCGUCUGGGGCGACGACGGCCGCUACUGGGACUGGAGAUCCAUGAACGGAUCCAGGUUUGACGAGGUGGCCUUCUUGCGGGACGUGUGCUGGCUCGAGAUUCGUGGCAGCUUCAGCGGCUACCUCAAGCUGGGGAGCUACCGCGUCUCGUUUCGCUUGCAGCUCCUGGGGAGCCACGCGCGCCGGCGUGGCCGCGGGGCCGACUGGCACGACGACGCUUACGGCUGGGAGGCCCAGCCCGUGAUCUUCUCGCUGUCGGCCCCACCCUCCUCCACGCGUGAGCGGCGCCGCUACUUGGCCUCCGCCAGGCAGCUCCAUCGCGGCGGGCAAAGCGGGAUCGAGGCGGCCGACUUGGCGGCGGCCAGAGUGGUGGAGGACGGGUGGAUGGAGUACGACGCCGGGGAGUUUUGCGUCGAGGACGAGGACUUCCCCGUGGCGCUCGAGUUCUCGCUGGUGGAGAUCCGCGGAGGGAACUGGAAGAGUGGGCUCUACGUCGACGGUGUGGUGAUCAAGCCGACGUUCCUGGUCGACGAUGCCGUGGAUCCUGUUGAUCAUACCAGCGACGCCACUCCCACCAGUAGCGAAGCCCACGAAGCCCACGACGCCAUUUCUUCGAGCGACGAGGACGACGGUGCUCGCUGGUGGUUCCCUUGAAAGCUUUUCGGCAUAUGCCCAAGAGGUGCGAUUCCCCCGAAUAUACGUCAUUUGAAUUUGAAUAUCUGAAACCAGCUGCAAAA